CGUCAUCAAAUCAGGAAACUACAGGGCGACACGUGUUCAGCGCUGCGUUUCAUUAACUUAGAUUCAUUUGUGUUUUGGGCCUUAUUCCGUUUAACGACUUUUAUUUGCUUUGGUUUUUUGCAAUUCUUAAUGGGCUUAAUAUGUGCUCUUAAUUUCUAUAGAGAUAUGCACGAAAGGCGUCUUUAAAUUAGGGAUCCAUCGUCUUCUUCGAUUGGUACUUAGCCAGCAAUGGAGAUCCAGCAUCUCGAGUAUAUGAAGCGUCGUUAGGAGACUCUGUGUCAUGUUGUGAUUUCGUCGUUUCGCCUUCACUGAAUGAAUCUUCAGAGACUGUUUGAUUUUUCUGGAUUCAAUGCUGUAACGGAUCUUCUUAACUUCAUUGACGCCCAUCAAACACGACACCCUCAUUCAAUGAUACUUAACACUGUCAAAGGCGGUGUUUCUCCACUUAUAAAUAGGCCACACUGUUCUUCCACCGUCGAAUUGAGGCUGCCGAGAUUUUGGGACGUCAAACGAGGUGGGGAUUUGAUGGGAGUGGAUAUGCUUCUCCUUGAUGCACAGUUUGUUUUCCGGUGGUUUUGUGGUGGUCCAGAACUUGAUCUUAUAUUCCUUCAAAGUGUAGCAGUUUACAAGAGUGCUUUCAAAAAUAUAUUUGAAAACUGAGGGAUAGUUGUGUUUGUAGUUUCGAUGAGGGACUACAACUGUGGUACGCGUCGAGCUUUGAUUCCAAUACCAGUUCAUGUGAACUUAGCGGAGGAGAAGCUGAUGCUCUGCAAAGCUGACACAUGGCAGGAGAAUUGAGGAGGGGUUUGGUCAGGAGCUGGCUCGGUGAUCAAGUCAGUCGCACCAGAUAAGUUUGAGGGUAUGUCCAAGAACUGGAAAUGAACAAAAAUUCUGCACCAAGUGUUUUCAGUGAGAUCUAAACAAUUACAUUUACAUUUAGUGUUUAUUCAUCUUCUGAGAUUUAUCAAAUUGGGUGUUUGACGGUUAGUUCAUCCCCUUUCAUACAAAUGAAUUCAUGCCCAUACUCUCAAACAAGUAAGAUAUAUACAUAUAAUCUAAAUGAUGUGUGUGUGUGUUUUAUGUUACUUUACUACAUAUAUCUAAUAUUGUUUUCUUUCCC